CGGAAGUUGAAGGAACUAUGAAUGUCAAACUGUAGCAUGGUGGACUGCGUUUUUAGGUAGCCUAUACAGUUCAAAAUGUCAGGAUACAGUUUAUUUAAAUUAGUCACGUUGACAAAAUGUAUCUCAACCAACGCUACAUCGUCGUUUUGCAGGACGAACAUAUUUAACAGAACACAGACAUGCGGAUAUGCUAAGAAAGUUGCUGCCAAAGGUAGAGGCAAAGGUAUGGUGAAAGAAGAACUGAAAGGUCCAGAGGUGUGCAAGGACCCUGUCAGACUUACUACCUAUGCAGUAGGGGCCAAUAUCUUCAAGCAAGGAGAAGACCCCCAGCUGAAGCCUCCUGAGCAAUAUCCAGAGUGGUUGUUCCAGUUGAACCUGGGAAAGCCCCAAAAGCUGAAUGAGCUGGACUCUGACACCUGGCAGUACUGGAGACGUCUGAGGAAGGAAAACAUGUGGCGUUUCAACAGACUACAAAAAGGAAAGAAGUUUUAGGCCUUCACUGGACUGACAGAGGGCUUCUUCCUGUGCAGCGGGUUGCUUCAGACUCUGUGGACUGAAUUACCUGACAUGGUGCAUGUUCAGAGCCAGAGUUCAGCUUCCUAAAUGAAAUACCAUUAGACCAACUCUAUUAUUUGAAAUCAUGCAGCGUAUUCUAUUUAGUGGUCAUCUGGUGACAAGGCUUGAACGCUAUAAGAAAGAUCAUUGUUAUUGAUCUUAAAAACAGGGUGAAAACUUGCAAUGUAAUGGAUUCCAACACUAGUCCAACUCUAAACUCUCAACAAAAAAUGAAAAUCACACAAUCUUCAGCACAUGGCAUAUGCCUCGUUGUUAUGAAAGUGUACAUGUUCAAAUUUAAAGAAUAUAUAGUUUAACAGUGUUUCUUUCAGUAUAAAAACAGUAUAAUUGCAUUGCAUUUAUUUGUACUUGCUUUCAUGUUUUGGGUUUUUUGUCCAUACCUGAAGAAGAACGGCCUGCUGAUAUGUCCACAAAUCACUUUUUCACUGUGUUGUUUUUCAUUUGAAAUAAAUGUGUAUACAUAAAUGU